GGCCCCGCCCCUUUCUCGGUCAAAAGGGUAUAUAAACGAGGAAUUUUUUCGAAAAAUUAUCAAUCUUGAAUUUGCGUUCAUAAGAGCAACAUGGAAUUCUUCAAGAGUUUCCUACAAACUAUUGGCAUACUGGAGCCCACUAAAGUGGAUCUCAUUUUUGAAUUGCCAUUAGAAGUAUCACAGUUGAUUCUUCGCAAAUUGGAUGCGGAAUCUUUACUGUGUGCUGCUCAAGUAUCGCGAAAAUGGCUGCAAGUCUGCAAAUCCGAUAAAAUUUUAAAACAGACUGCAAGGCGCCAUAAACGAGAAAUAAGAAGGAAAAUGAGGGAACAGAUUUUGGGACGAGAUUCACCAUCAAGGAUCGAAUCGUUAAGAAGGAUACGAGAGUUGAGGAAAGAUAUCAAGUAUAACGUGGCAAGUACAAGAUUAGAAACGGCAGUGGUCUUUGGUAAUAGAUCUAGGAUCCCACCACCGAGAAAUAUAAAAGUAAGUAAAAGUAAUUCUUCGAAUAAAAAAUCUCGUAAAUGUAUUAGAAUAUAAGAUAUUAGUUUA